CAUGGCGCCUUACAACUGCUCGUCUGAUCUAACCAGCUUGACUCUGGACGCCAACGGAAGCCACGUCCAGGCGGAGGACACGUGCGUGACAACGGACACCUUCCUGGAUAAGUACCUGGGGCCCCGUCGCUCCCCGGUGCUCCUUCCGGUCUUCAUCAUUUACCUGGUCAUCUUCUUGGUGGGCGUGUUGGGCAACGUGCUGACGUGCACCGUCAUCGCACGCAACAAGGUGAUGUGGACGCCAACAAACUACUACCUCUUCAGCCUGGCCGUGUCGGACCUGCUGGUGCUGCUGCUCGGAAUGCCGCUGGAGCUGUACGAGCUGUGGGAGAACUACCCUUUCCUCCUGGGGAGGGGCGGAUGCUACUUCAAGACCUUCCUCUUCGAGACGGUCUGCUUCGCGUCCAUCCUCAACGUGACGGCGCUGAGCGUGGAACGCUACAUCGCCGUGGUGCACCCGCUCCGUGCCAAGUACAUGGUGACGCGCACCCACGCCAAGAGGGUCAUCCUCACCGUGUGGGGCGUGUCCGUGGUGUGUUCUCUGCCCAACACCAGUCUGCACGGGAUUUCCUACCUGAGCUGCGACUCCUGCAGCUCCGGCGGACCUCCGAGCAUGGAGAUCCCCGACUCGGCCAUAUGCACGCUGGUGAAGCCGCAGUGGAUCUACAACCUCAUCAUCCAAGUCACCACCCUGCUGUUUUUCAUCCUCCCCAUGCUCACCAUCAGCGUUCUCUACACGCUCAUUGGGCUGCAGCUGAAACGGGAGAGGAUGCACCGGGCGAUGGAGGGCAAGGCGGGCGCCGCCCGGGACGGCUUCUGUGGCAACCGCAGCCAACAACAAAAAGCCCGACGACGGCAGGUCACCAAAAUGCUGUUUGUUCUAGUGGUGGUUUUUGGGAUCUGCUGGGCCCCCUUUCACACCGACCGCCUGGUAUGGAGUUUCAUCAGCGAUUGGACCGACAACCACCUGCAGAUCUUCCAGUACGUACACGUCUUAUCUGGAGUCUUUUUCUACCUCAGCUCCGCCGUCAACCCCAUCCUGUACAACCUCAUGUCCACGCGCUUCCGAGAAAUGUUCAAGGAGGUCAUGUGCCAUCGGCCGCACCACGCCCUCCCUCGGAAAUACUCUCUCAGCGUCACUCGUGUGACGCUUCGCAGCACCAUCAAUGAUGCGCCGCAAAACGUCGCGGAAGGGGAUGCAGAAGGUGGAGAGCGGUGGGUGAGAGAGACCACGGUCGCAUGUUCAGCCCGUUACGAUGAUGCAGAGCGCUGCAUGAAGCUCCAUUAGUGUCCUAUUUUCAACCACCGCAUCCAUUUCCUGCUGUCCACAACCGGACUGAAUCUGUCUUCAAGUACUGCAUGAACAAGCGGGGGCCAAUCCGUGGACACUCAGGGAUGUCCAAGCAACGUACUGAGGGUAGAAUUCUAUUGACUCCGCACAAUACCAUUCUUCUCACUACUGUCAUGAAUAAAUGUACAAAAAGAUGAAGACACAA